UAGUCUUGUCAACUCUCUCCGUGUUUUUCACCACCCAACGACAAAUCAAACCCCAAAAUCUUCAUUAAACUAUCACUUUCAAAAUUCCCAAAUUCCACGUGUUGCCCAAUUCUUUCACUAUAAAACCUCAUUCAUCUUCAUCAUCACCAUCAUCAAACACUUCACUAUUCUCUCACCCUCAUUCAUUCUCCUCUCUGCUUUUAACUUCACAACAAAAUUCAAAUACCUCAUUCCAUCAUGGAACUUUCCCUCUUAUCUCUUUCUCUAGCAAUUCUACUUCUCUCAGGUUUCAGAGUUGAGGCUAGGUUGCAACCUCAUGCCACCAGUUACCAAAAAUUGUUUGUUUUCGGUGACUCCUAUGUCGAUACUGGGAACACGAGAAUAGAUCAACCUGGUUCCUGGAAAAACCCUUACGGCAUAACUUUUCCCGGAAAACCUGCCGGAAGAUUCUCCGACGGUAGAGUUAUAACGGACUACAUUGCUAAGUUUUUGGGACUCAAAUCGCCUCUUCCCUACAAAUUUAGGAAAUUCAUUCCACAAAAUUUGAAAUACGGAAUGAACUUUGCAUAUGGUGGUACUGGUGUGUUCGACACAUCCUCCAAAAACCCAAACAUGACAAUCCAAAUCGAUUUUUUCCAAGAGUUAAUCAAAGAAAAUGUGUACACAGCUUCAGAUCUCAGCAAAUCCGUGGCACUUGUCUCUGUCGCAGGAAAUGAUUACAACUUCUAUUUGGCAAGAAAUGGCUCUAUUCAGGGUUUUCCGUCUUUCAUCGCUUCUGUGGUUAAUCAAACUGCAACCAACUUGCUUCGCAUCCAAAGUCUUGGAGUGAAGAAAAUUGUUGUGAAUGGUCUACAACCACUUGGAUGUCUUCCUGAAACCACAGCCUCAUCUUCAUUCCAAAAAUGUAACAGUACUUUCAAUGACCUCGUACUGCUCCACAACAACUUAUUGAACCAAGCUGUGACCAAGUUGAACCAAGAAACCAAGAACCAAACAACAUUCAUAGUUCUUGAUCUCUACGAUAGUUUCUUGUCGGUGCUGAACCACCCUUCUAGCAAUAACAUCAAGGACGCACUCGAGCCUUGUUGCGUUGGGAUAAGUAGCCAAUAUUUUUGUGGAAGUGUGGAUGAAAACAAUGUCAAGAAAUAUAAGGUGUGUGAUAAUCCCAAAUCAGCUUUCUUUUGGGACCUUUUGCAUCCAACUCAAGCUGGUUGGCUUGCCGUGUACAACGAGUUGCAAACCACAAAGGCUCUUCAACAAAUCCGAUACUGAAGAGCUGUUGCUAGGGCUCUUGUUUGUUGUGUAAUAAUGAUGCACCCUCAUUUCAUUUCUCAAUUUGUCCACAAAUUGUGUUUUGGUUGUAUUUUAUUCAAAAAUGUGCAUGUUUAAAUAGACUGUUCUUUUUGUGACAGAUGUUGUUUAGAUUAAUAAUUUGUAAGGAUUUUCAAUUAUGUAUUCAAGUUAUUUAAAUAGGAAAAAA